UGUUCCUAACAAGAAAAUUAAUCUCUCUUUUGGAGUUGAAACAUCAUAACCAUUAUUGUGUAACAUCUGAAAUCAAUCGAUGGGAAGGUCACCAUGCUGUGAUGAGAGUAGCGGUAAUAAUGUAAAGAAAGGGCCAUGGACAGCAGAAGAAGAUGAGAAGCUGAUUGAUUACAUAAAGAAACACGGUCAUGGAAGUUGGAGAUCACUUUCAAAGCGUGCUGGUCUCAACAGAUGCGGUAAGAGCUGCAGGCUCAGGUGGGCUAACUACCUUCGUCCCGAUAUCAAGAGAGGCAAAUUCACCCCAGACGAGGAGAGGAUCAUCGUCAACCUUCAUUCUCUUCUUGGAAACAAGUGGUCAAAGAUUGCAAGCCAUCUUCCGGGAAGAACUGAUAAUGAGAUAAAGAAUUUCUGGAACACUCACAUAAGGAAGAAGCUUCUGCAGAUGGGUAUUGAUCCAGACACACACAAGCCAAGGACUGAUUUCAAUCACCUCAUCAAUCUCACACACUUGCUUGCAGCAGCCAUGUCCUCCAAUUCAGGGAAUCCUAUGAUGAAUAUGAACACUCCUACUUGGGGGAGAAACCCUAAUAUUGCUCUACAAGGAGAUGUUACUUCUCAAUUAUCCCAACUACAUCUGUUGCAAAAUCUGUUGCAAAUUAUGAACAGCAACACAUUUGUUAACAUGGGGAAUAGUAACCCUAAUUAUAAUCCUUCCUUCGAUAAUUCAUAUCUCAAUGAAUCAAACACACUCCAAGCUGUUGGAUUGAAAAGUGAAGGACAUGCAAACAACCCUGCCGCCCUAUUCUCUCAUCAACACGGUGGUGGUGCAGUUAAUAACACGCAAGAGAUUUCAUCACAAGGAAAUGAAGAAGAAAAUCCAUUGUUGCCAGCAUUAGUAGCAUCCUCUCCAGUAGUCAGUGAUGGAACCUGCAGCAGCUUCAACCAGAUGGAGAAUAAUAAUAAUAGUAGCUGUUGCAACACAGCUCCAACAUCCACAACACAAUCACCCAAUAAUUCCAGCACAAUCUUUGAUGAUUUAGAGAUGCUCCUUCAGGAUGAUCAAACAUCUGAUUCCUACUGGAAAGAUAUUCUAAACUUCACAUCUACAUAUACAUCUGCAUCAACAAAUUCAUGGUAGAAGAGAAGAUAUCGAAUCAUGGAUUCACUUUCAAUACAAUCAAUUUACGGAUCACAAUACCACUCGCGUAUAAUGAAGAAAUAAAUUCUAUACAUUCUAUUCAUUCUUUUUUUUUUUUCCCUUAAGAGUUAUUUUUAAA